ACUCGAAAGAAAUGCCGUCAUGUAUUUUUAGAUGGAACUUUCCAGCACAAGCCAAAGUGACAACAUAUGUUUAAACUACAGCAUGUGGCUCUUCUGCAGGGCAACAGAUGUUAAAUCUUCAAUCAUCUCAGUUAUUAGUGGAUCUGUUAAUAUUGUUAUCAGACUAAAAUGUACUUUGAAUAUAAAAUCACUAAACAAUUUACAGCACUGUACCUUAUGACAUAGUUACAUCAGUGGUACUGAACUGCUGUGGUGGAGAAGCCAGUGGGAAACAACAUUAAGAAAGGUGGAAGCAUCUCCUUCGAAUCCCAGGUGAAAGAGAAUUAAUACUUAAGUUUUUUUUUCACACAUACUAAAUUUGUAACUUUUGGAACAACUGUUAAGUUUGCUACUAACAUGCAUACAAUUGAAUGGUGAUUUCACCAUAUUUGAAUUUACUCAAUUGUGUUAAAAAAAAAAACAAUUACAAAAUUCAUUUUAAAAUAACCAUUUCAGUUGUAUUUGAGAUAUUAGGUACACUUGUAAACUUGAACACAAUCCAAUACAACAGCUCAGACAUAAUAUUUUACAAAGAAAACAUUUUGAGUUGCUACUCACUGUUUUCUUCCAUUUUACCUGCAUUUAAAUUCUGUAAAAAAAGUAAAAAAAAAAAAAAAACCCAAAAAACGAUUUUCCAUACAUAUAACUGAAUUACACUUUUAUUUUCUCUUUUUGUAAAUUACUUCCAAAGUGAAUGUUAUUCUGUGGUGCUUUUAAUUAGAAAGGGGAAGGCGGAUGUACUAUGUUUGCUCGGGUCAACUUGACGCAGCGGCUUUAAAUGGGAAUACCCUCUGUGCUGCUGAGGGAGUCUCCUUUAAAAAAUCUUUAUGCUGACUGGGAUGCGGUCGCCGGAGCCGGGCACCUAGCCUACCAUCCCCGCUCUUAUGCUCGCCACCGAGAGGGACCACUCACUAUUUUCUCCAGACACCAAAGAUGACAGCUCCAUCAAACUUAACUCAUGCGGUGCCACGGGAACAGCGCUUCCUGGUGUUGUUCGACUUUGAUGAGACCAUCAUCAAUGAGAGCAGUGAUGAUGCUGUGGUGCGUGCUCUUCCCGGCCAGCGGCUCCCUGACUGGCUGAAAAACAGCUACAGGGAGGGGCAUUACAACGAGCAGAUGCAGAAGGUGUUGGCCUACAUGGCGGAGGAGGGUGUGUCUAAGGACUCCAUCCACUCAUCAAUAGAGAGGAUCCCACCAACGCCUGGCCUCCUGAACCUCCUCCAGUAUCUGCAGAGCCACCAGGAUGAUUUUGAGUUAGUGGUGGUCUCAGACGCCAACAUGUACUUCAUUGAGACGUGGCUGAAGCGUGCUGGGGUGCAUCACCUUUUUCGGAAGAUUUUUACAAACCCGGCCAGUUUUGAUGCAACUGGUCGGCUCGUGCUGCUCCCUUUCCACUCCCACUCGUGCUCCCGAUGUCCUGACAACAUGUGCAAGCAGGUGAUCCUUCGGGAGUAUCUGGCGGCUCGGCAAAAGGAGCGUGGUGGUGCCACCUUCCAGAGGGUGUUCUAUAUUGGAGAUGGGGCCAAUGACAUCUGUCCCUCUCUGGCUCUGGGGCCCAGAGACACGGCCUUCCCCAGGAGGGACUUCCCCAUGCACAGGCUGCUGCAGGGGAUGCAGCAGUCCCAGGAAGCCAUGUUCAAGGCAAAUGUAGUUCCUUGGGCCAGCGGUGAGGACAUUGUGCACAACCUGAAGAAAAUAAUGGAGAGAUGAGAUGGGUGUGUUUGUGUGUGUGUGUGCGCGUGUGUGUGUGUGUGUGUGUAUGUGUGUGUGAAAGAGAGCGUGAAAGAAGGGGGAAAAUAUAACAAAGGUGCACCAACCCUAGUACUGGUGACCAGCAGGUAUGCAUGAUUUUACAUUAGCCACACUUGUUACAACUUAUAAAGAUGUAGCCAAACGGUGUGCAUCUAUUUGAAUUGAAUGUUUCAAAGGAAUAGUUUGACGUUUUGGGAGAUAAGCUUAUUCGCUUUCUUGCUGAGAGUUGGAUGUGAUGAUCAGGGUAAAAUAUGUAGCUGGAGCCAGCAGCUGGUUAGCUUAGCUUAAGACACACACACUGGAAACAGGAGGAAAAAUUUAGCUUAACCAUUCUACAAGUAACAAAAUCCACCUGCUAGCACCUGUAAAACUCUUUUUGACAGUGAAACCUGAAUCUCAGCCAGACUCCAGGAAGUUACUCAUUCCGGUCAAGAAAUUUUAUGCUAAGCUAACCAGCAGCAUAUUUUGAAAGAGAGUGGUAUUUUUCAUGUAAUUCUCAGCAAGGACGAGAUUGAGCAUUUUUCCCAAAACGUAUUUGUCUAAGUGUAGAGAACUACUUAAUUAUUGGGUAUUAAGUGUGUAUACAAUGUUAGGCAGUAGUAGGUGCAGUAUGCAGGACAGGACUCCCAAUGGAAUGCAAAUAGAUAAGCUCAGUAGUUAAGAUUAUCAGGAUCAAUAAUGGAGAUAUGCAGUAUUUAAUGAUGCACUAAGUUUUGAUUCUAAAGUCUGAUCAAGAUACUAAAGGUCUUCUUAACCAAAAUUGUGUCUAGUUUGCUCUGGAGUGGAACUAAAUCCAAUGCAGUCAGCUCAUUUAACACACCAAUCCCCUUCAAUGUGAAUGUAAUUUGCUUUACAUUUCAACAUCUCACUGCAGCUGACAUUUUUGAGCAAUGUUAGCUGUGAAAUUUUGGGUCACAUGUGCUGUUAUAGAGUGCAGAGAUUUUACUGACCAAGAACAACAACUUAAACCUAUUCCAUCUCUGGAGGGUCUCUGUGUUGAAUGGCUUCUUCUUCUAGUUCAAAGCACGUUAACACUUCAUCCAAGGCCUCGACAAUGGACGCAUAACUAGGAUCAGGUGUUAUAGCACUAUCUGGAACAAAAGACCACACAUGUUGUGUCGGGCAAGGACAAGAACGGUGUAGAGCAGGGAUAAGGUGACAGAGAGGCAGGCACACUACCUGUGCACUAUUGAACCACUCAUUACUGAUACCUAAUCUAGGGCUUGAUUAUACAGACGUAAUCUACACCAGCAUGUGAUCCAAAGGGAACGCUGUAGCCAUAUGCCUGCACUUUGGCCCCACUAUUAUACACUGUGUCUCUGAAACAAUGAAAUAAACUGUAAUGAAAUGCACCAAUUGAAGAUUUUAAAUUCUGUUUGUGUAGUCAUUAGUUAGCACUCACUUAAUCCUCUUAUAAUGAAUAUUCGUAUUGAAUAUUGGUAUUGAUAAAAGGCUGAAUACGUUGGGGAAGAUUUAUGUUCUCUAAGAAGUCCAACAUCUUCUUUAUGUUUGAAGGUAUUCCCAGUUCAAGUACAGUGGUGUGAGAGAAUGGUGUUGGCAUCAGCCUCUCUGGUAUAUAUUUGCAGAAUUAACUCAACAUGUAACCUCAUUUUGCCUCACUAAAUUCAUGACAGGGACUGGGAAAUGUAUUUAAGAAUAUAUAGAAGAGCAGUUGUAUUCACUGAAUCUGUUUUUAGCAUUUUAUUAUUAUGUUCAAAUUCAGGGACUGGGGGAAUAUUGUGUUGCAGGGUCCUAUUGUCAUUUUUCCAUCAUGUUUACAAUAAGCGGUCUAAAUUCCUACAUGUGUACUGUACAUCUGUUGAUUUUUGCAGCCUAUCUAGGGUUUGCUGAUAUUGUGACUUCAGGCCAGAGGUAGUACAAAAUAUUUGAGUGUAUAUUUGUAUCCAUUUUGUAUUUUAAAUAUCUCUAACAAUAUAGAUUCAUGUACAUCUUCGUCAAGCCGUUACAGUUACCAGUAAGAAGGUGUGGGUGCUGAUGAAAAGCGUUUGCUAAUUAAUGAAAUACUUCUAGCCUUGAAAAACAACAUAAUGCUGUGUAAGUGCUGGAGAUUUACUUUAACCAGUGUUUUAAUUUCUCAGGGAGUAGAGAAGAAAGUGUUAACAAGCUAACCUAACAGUAAUAAUCUAUAUUUAUGGAAAUGUGUUUAUGUGCACUUUCAGAUUUGCUGCUCUAAGAACAAAGUGUUCAUUUGUGAUUAAAAAUUAAUGCAGCUGAAGUUUGACCCUGAAAUUCUUUGAGAUCUAAAUCUAAUCCAUUCAUGCUUUGUGAGUAGGAGACUAAAGUUCUGUGAGCUUUACUCCUUCUGAUGUUAGAAUCAUUAAAAGUGUAACACAGGUACUUCAGUUUACUUUAACUGUCUGUGUACCAGUAAGACUUCCACUGAGUUUUGUGCAAUAAUUAAGCGCUAUACUUGAUAUCAUGACAAAUAGAUUUUAUCUUAAACAGGAAGAAAAACUUGACAUUUGACAUUUUCUGGGAUGUGAAAUGACCCCACAUCCUUAAACGAUAUUGUUCUUAAUAUGAUUUUAAAGACAACGACACAACAACCAAAUAUGCUGCCUUUUUUGUGGUUUGCUGUAUCUUUGCAGAAUGUACUUCUAAUCACAACUUCAAGUAUGUGUGUAAUGCAUCAUUGUACCAGGAAUAUAAAGCCAUUAUCUGAUUCA